AUGGUGGUGAACUCUAUACGCGCCCUGACAGACAAGAAAUGGGACGCGCUUGUCAUUGGCGGAGGUCACAAUGGCCUCGCUGCCGCCGCCUACCUUGCCCGAUCCGGCCUCUCCGUCGCUGUCCUCGAGCGCCGCCACGUCAUUGGUGGCGCCGCCGUUACCGAGGAGCUCAUCCCAGGCUUCAAGUUCUCCCGCUGUAGCUACCUCCAGAGUCUCCUUCGCCCCGCUGUCAUCAAGGAACUGGAGCUAGCGAGGCAUGGACUAAAGCUGUUGAAGAGGAGCCCAUCUUCUUUCACGCCAUGCGUGGAUGGACGUUAUCUUCUUCUUGGUUCUGAUAAAGAGCUCAACUAUUCUGAGAUUUCGAAGUUCUCCAAACACGAUGCUGAGGCUUACCCGAGGUAUGAGAAUCUUUUGGAGAAGUUCUGUGCGUUCAUGGAUCCACUUUUGGAUUCAACUCCUCCUGAAAAGUUGCAAGAAGGUUCAUCAUUUAAUGCUCGUAUGAAGGAUAAUCUGCAAAAGUCUAUCUUUUGGGCGCACUUACUAAGGCGUGCGGCUUCCAUGGGGCAAAAUGAUCUUCUGGAAUUCGUGAACCUUUUGUUGUCCCCUGCAUCAAAAGUUUUAAACAACUGGUUUGAGGCUGAUGUUCUAAAAGCGACACUGGCAACAGAUGCAGUUAUAGGGACCACAGGAAGUAUCAAUACACCUGGUGGUGGAUAUGUUUUGCUGCAUCACAUGAUGGGAGAAACUGAUGGUGAACGUGGAAUUUGGUCGUAUGUUGAGGGUGGAAUGGGAUCUGUGUCCUUGGCCAUUUCUAAUGCUGCUAGAGAAGCUGGUGCUACUAUAAUUACUGAGGCUGAAGUAUCCAAAUUGAUGAUAGAGGAUUCGGGCAGAGUCUCUGGGGUUUUGCUGGCUGAUGGUACCAAAGUAUGCUCUUCUGUUGUUUUAUCAAAUGCAACCCCGUACAAAACGUUCGUGGAUUUCGUACCACAUGAUGUCCUUCCUGACGGUUUUCUUGGUGCUGUCAAGAACUCUGAUUACAGCUCUGCAACUACCAAAAUUAAUCUGGCGGUUGACAAAUUGCCACAGUUUCAUUGCUGCAAGUUGAAUGGCUCUGGGGCCGGUCCUCAGCAUAUGGGCACUAUUCAUAUUGGCUGUGAGAGUAUGGAGGAGAUCGACUCUGCAUGUCGGGAUUAUUUGAAUGCAAUGCCAUCUCGAAGGCCUAUAAUUGAGAUGACAAUUCCUUCCGCAUUGGAUAAUACUAUUUCUCCACCUGGGAAGCAUGUGAUUAAUCUAUUUAUUCAGUACACACCUUAUAAACCUAAUGAAGGAAGCUGGGAAGAUCCUGAAUACAGAAAAUCAUUUGCUCAAAGAUGCUUUGAUCUUAUUGAAGAAUAUGCCCCGGGUUUUAACUCAUCAAUUAUUGGCUAUGACAUGUUGACUCCACCAGACCUCGAAAAAGAUUUUGGUUUAACAGGAGGUAAUAUCUUUCAUGGUGCUAUGAGAUUAGACUCCUUGUUUCUCAUGCGGCCUGUGAGCGGAUGGUCAAACUACAGGACACCAUUAAAAGGCCUGUAUCUGUGUGGGAGUGGAGCUCAUCCAGGGGGCGGGGUUAUGGGUGCCCCAGGACGUAAUGCUGCGCGUGUGGUCAUACAAGAUGUUAACGAGUCUACCGUGUGA